UAGCCUUCGUUUUCUUCAGAUAAAAUGCCUCGUCAUGAUGACCGCCAUGGUGGUACACGGCUCUAUGUUGGUCGCUUGUCGUCCCGGACAAGAUCACGGGAACUGGAAGAUGUAUUCAGCCGAUAUGGAAGGUUUUUUGGCUUUUGCCAAACCUGGAGGUCUUGGUGAGGUCCAAUUGGUGGAUUUGGCGAGUCUUUCUAUAAUAUUAUUGCGUUUUUUUAUCGAAAUGGCAACAAUCUCAAACUGGUGUUUAGUUCAUCUGUGAGGGGCGAAGUAUCAUCCCUUUGAUGCUUGUGUCAUGAUGGCCUUACUGUUUCUGGACCCCGUUUACGCAGAGUACGUGAUGUGGAUAUGAAGCGUGAUUUCGCCUUUGUUGAAUUUAAUGAUCCCCGUGAUGCUGAUGACGCAAGAUAUAGCCUGAAUGGUCGGGAUGUUGAUGGGAGCCGUUUAAUUGUGGAAUUUGCCAGGGGGGCACCACGUGGUCCAGGUGGAUCCCGUGAGUAUCUUGGUAGAGGGCCUCCUCCUGGUUCAGGGCGCUGUUUCAAUUGUGGACUCGAUGGGCACUGGGCUCGAGAUUGCAAAGCUGGGGACUGGAAGAAUAAGUGUUAUCGCUGUGGGGAACGAGGCCACAUUGAAAGAAAUUGUCAGAACAGCCCGAAGAAAACCUCCUCCAAACGUGGGCGGAGUCACUCACGCUCACCAAGUCCAAGGCGGGGCAGAAGUCGAAGCCGUAGUUACAGCAGGGGUCAUAGUUACAGUCAAUCAAGAUCACCUGUGAGGAGAGAAAGGAGUCUAGAGAGAAGAUCAAGAAGUCCUGCAGACAGCCGGAGCCCUAAGCGUCGCAGGGCUUCUCCACCACCUUCCAAGGGGAGGAAGCGUGACCAAUCUCCUGAUGGGAGAAGCCCACAAGAGCGGCGUAGUGUCUCCCCUCAGGAUCGCCGAUCUGACUACAGUAGGAGUCCCAGGGGAAAGAGUAGAAGCCCUGUAGGUGAUGCCGAAGAGAAAAGCAAUGGUGAUAAGAUGCACAGAAGCCCUGUAGAAGAAAGUGGCCAUAGCCGCAGCCCAAGCCCCGUACGUAGGGGUGACAGGAGCCCCGUUGAAGAGGAUGAUGAUAACCACGGUUCUCCAAGAGGCAGUGAAUCAGCUUAAAUGCGGUUUGAUAGGCCAGUUUAAACAAGCUGGAGGGACUUUCCUUGCUUAAGAUGAAACUUU